AUGGGAGGGCUUUUUAACUGGAUCGGGGACAGUAUGGAGGAGAAAUGCUCUGGUAUGACAAACCAAGAUCCAAGGAGAGCAAAAUCAAAAAUAGAGGCAGAAAUAACAAAAAUAGAGGCACUGCUGGCCAUCACUACUGCAAUCUCAGUCUUUCUUGGGGUCUCCGGGUCGUUCAGGCGACGCUGCGGCAAUGGCGCAUUUGCGAUGGUGGCCUUUGGGGCCUAUACCCUUGCGCCCGCUCUCAGUGCGUACACGCUUGGCCUUAUCCAAACGGCUCCUUUCUGCCGUUUGCGUUUGCCUGUCUGGGCGACUUAUCUGAUGGUGGUUCUAGGGAACGUGGAUUCCUACACUGCGCACAGGAUGGAGGACAUUGAACGGUGGAAGUCAUUUAAAGUCCACUCCACUGCUACAUAUAUCAUGAUAAGUUGGAUGAUCGCUUCAUAUGCGUUCAUUUGGGGUGAUCCAAUGGUGUGCAUUCUUUUCGUGGUUCUAUUCCUGAAAGUCGACGAAAGAGCACGUGCUUUGAUGCUGGCGAGCAAUUCCGUGAUGCAGAAGAACUUCAGGUUCGUAGCAGAUUACAUGAGCACCGAGCACGAUUCAAAUCAUGGAGAUCCUGCUACAAUGCGUGGGUACAGAUACUUGGUGAGAGUCCCAGAAGAGGCAACAACAGCAAAAUGUAGGCGAAGGGCAGCUCUGUGGCAGGAUGGGGUUGCGCCGCAGUAUCGACAAUUGUUGGAGGUGACAGAUGAAGUUAUCACUGUCGAUCAGGUUUGGAACUGUGAAGGUUGGCUUCUAAGUGUAAGCGGAGGAGACCGGGAUGGCCGACUCAAGGAUCUUUGCUUGUCUUUUUCGCUCUUCAAGUUCAUCUGCCUGAUAUUCACUGGCUAUUCAUUGCCCCAGCAAGCACACGACAAGUUGCGGCACUUGAUUCAACAUAUGCUUUCUGAAGAGAAUGGUCAUAAGCGAGUUUUCCGAAUCAUCGAAGUAGAACUUGCAUUUCUUUUCGAUUUAUUCUACACCAAGUACCCAGUCAAUCUCCGUCGGCGUUGUACAUUGUAUAGGUUGCUUCUACAUCCCAUUGUGGUUGUCUUUCCCGCAAGUAUACUCUUAACUGCGAUUUGGGGUAAGGUGGUGGUUACUAACCUUGCAACCUUAUUGUUAUUGAUGUCAAUUCUCGUUGUCGAGCUUACACAGUUUGGCAUCAUGAUCUUCUCGGAAUGGGCAAACGUGACAUACAUAUGCAGGUAUGUGUGCAACGAGCGGUGGCGAAGGAACAUCUGUGUCGGGAAGUUGAUCAAGAUUAUGUGCCGAGUUCGGUUAGUGAAGCCUUGGGGAAGACAACUGCGUCAAUACUCGUUUCUCAAAUCGUAUAGCUAUUCUCCAAGGAUGUGCAUAUAUAAUAGGCUCACUGCUGGUUAUCUCGACCAGAAAAGGAACGGCCAGGAACAAAUUGCUCCCACCAAUUUGUCUGAGCAAGUGAAAAAGGCGAUCGUGCAGUCUCUACGGCGGGAGCAUACCGGCUGUUUGGAGAAGGGCCGAACAUCUUUGAGGCUCAACGGCUGGUUUGAUGACCUCUCAUGGGCAUGUAACCUCGAGACGACUACUCAUGUUAUAAUGGUCUGGCACAUAGCAACCACUUUCUGUGAGCAUAAAAAGCCUCCAGCAGGCGCUCAACUUUCGCAAGGACAGAUGGACAACUUCGGCGUAGCGACUAAGCUAUCGCAAUAUCUUGCUUACUUGGUUGUUUUCGCCCCGAGGUUGCUCCCCGAUCACCCUUGCAGGACUGAAUACAUUUUUGAUUGUGCUGUCAGCGAAGGCAGGAGAUUACUUGGAGGUUCCUCGGUUUCAAUGGAAAAGAGGAUUCAGGAGCUAGAGACUGUCAGCAACAAAAAUGAACAAUCCAUCGUGGGCCGAGGCGCACGGCUAGGAAUGGAGCUUGUGAGUAGAGUAGCGAAUGAGGAGCAGAUUUGGAAGGUCUUGGCUGACUUCUGGGCGGAUAUGAUGUUGUAUGUGGCUCCUUCGGAUGAUACGGCGGCUCAUGCUAAGUACCUCACCACCGGUGGCGAGUUUGUGAGUCACGUUUGGGUUUUGGUCUCUCACGCCGGCGUUACGAGAGAUCUACGCGGUGGCGAGCAACACGAUGAUCCAGAGAGGAACUGA